AAUAGAACUUCUAAAUUUGAACACCUCUCAGAUAUAGUAUCAAAUUGGCUAUAUAACCGUACAUCAAAUAGGAUGUCUCGCCUGUUUUAUCUUGAGCUAUCACACGUAAAUAAAAUAAAAGAGCAACUGCUCGUAAAUAAGCAAAAAUGUGCACCUCUCAAUAUGAAUACUUUGUUCACUUUAGUCAGAUUUAACUGUAGCCCAAUCAGUGUGGGUAUUUUCACAUAUGCACACUGCACAGUUGCUGAGUAAGACAGCCAUGGUGAAGCAAUUACUACUCCUCUCGCUGACCAGCCUCCUGGUUUUGGCAUGCACUGCUCAAGAUCGUAACCAUAAGGGUCGUCAGUUUGUUGUUGCAUUCAUACCAGCAGCAAGCAGAGAAAGAAGAGGCUACAUCGGCCUGGCUAUUUCUGCUGAGGAAACAACAGAAGUUGAGAUAUUUGACAGGAUUACAGGAAAUACUGAUCUUCUCACAGUCCCCGGAGGAAGCACACAACUACAUGACCUCCCGCUAGAUUUACGAACACGUGAGGACUUUGAGCAAAAGGGAAUUAGCGUGACUGCGACCAAUCCUGUAAGUGUUGUGGGAAUCAAUCAAUAUCUGGGCACCGAUACCUUCCUUGCACUCCCAGUUGAGAGUCUCGAUACCAAUUACAUUGCUGCCACCUAUAGGCCGAGUGGCAUUGGAUCGUAUGCCUGCGUCACGGUUGUAGCAUCACAGGAUUUUACUUCUGUGAGAAUUCUACGACAUCGGGCUGGAAGGGCAGGGUAUGACGCAGAGCCAACUGUAGUUGGUUUAAAUAGACUGCAGACUUACACUUUGGUGUACUGGCUAGAUGACAUCACAGGCACCCUCGUAAGUGCUAGCUCGCCUGUUGCAGUCUUUACUGGUAAUACAUACGCAAGAGAUUUCGGCCAUAUUGAAGAACAAAUGCCACCUAUAAGCGCCCUGGGGACUGAAUUCAUGUUGACGCCAGUUAUGAGUGAAGGCUACAAUCGUGACUUUGUUCGCGUCAUUGCAGCGUAUAAUGACACAGAAGUGGAAUUUCACUCUGUUGAUUUUGGCUAUUUCGAGACAAUUGACCAGGGUCGAAAUUAUGAUGUAAAUGGUCGUUCGGAACGUCUCCCAGAGAAUAUCUUUCACAAUGUUACAUGUUCUCGACCCUGUCUUGUUAUUCAGUGCAAAGGCUGGGACUCUAACCAAUCAUGGAUGACUGUAGUCCCACCAAUAAAUCAAUUUUCAUCUGGAACCCAUGUCUUCCCUGCUUUCAACCGUGAUCGUUUCCCCGACUACCAAAGCUAUGUUCAAGUUCUUAUCCAAUCAGGACGUGAGACUGGUAUGACCCUAGAUGGCGCAGAGAUCGCUGAAUGGGUGGAUGUCCCUAAUUCCACAUACCGUGCAGCAAGAAUCAGAGUUGACCCUGCUAGCCACACCCUAGAACACCCAGACCCGAAUCAACGAUUCUACAGCAAUGUCUAUGGUGUCCCUUUCCUUGACUUUGGAUAUGGUAACCCUGUUGGAAUCUCCGUCAACAGGAUCAACAGUAUGGAAAUGGAAUUUCCACCUCAAAUGAACUAAAACAUUCCACUCAAAUUCCACUAAAAUAUCUCGAUUCUCAAUAUUUUAGGGUCGUUCAAAAAACUGCAUGAAAGGUUUUCAGAUACAAUCAAUUCAAAUAGAGAGGAAAAAUAAAUGUGAUAAUGAAUUGUAACAGAUCUAUUGUUAAGAAUUACAUUGCAUAGAAAUACAUGUUAAUAAAAAUAAAUAGCAUGGACAUUUUAA